CUUUCACUUUUUGCUGUGUGAUGUUGGAAGUAGCAAAAUUACUACAUCUUUUUCCUUACCUGACCAAUUUGUGAGUCCAUUUCAGUAAAUCAUCCACAGUAGUGAGCGUAUUCCGGAGCAAACGCUAUCAGAAUCAGUUGUAGUGCCGUGUAUGCGUGAUAAUUGCUUUUCGCUUUUCUUCAAAGUGAAUUGGCGCAACCAAAAACGCGGAUUAUAAGAGCAGUCUAGCAUUAUGAGUGAUACGCAGUCACGAGAUCAGCCACGUGGAGUGGAUGCACUCAAACAGCACGUUAUUCUCAACAAAAUCGACACAGCGCUCUGGGCCUCCCGUGUGUUGACCGUCAUCUUCACAAUCGGAUAUGUUAUUCCAAUAUUCGGAAAUCCAACCAAUGCAUACUACAAAGUAUUAAUGGCCAAUGCAGCCACAAGUGCACUUCGUCUACAUCAGCGCAUGCCUGCGUUUCAGCUGUCCCGAGCCUACCUGCAACAGCUGCUGCUUGAAGAUUCCUGCCACUAUCUGUUGUACUCACUGAUAUUCCUGUACGCCUAUCCGGUACUGCUGAUAAUUUUCCCAGUGUCAUUAUUCGCAGUCCUGCACUCUGCCAGCUACUCGCUCACAUUGUUGGAUACCCUUGGACAGAACUCGUGGUGGGGUGCAAGAUUAUUGAUCUCGCUGGUCGAGUUCCAAACUAGAAACAUUCUGCGAUUGGCAGCCUUCGCGGAAAUCUUUAUCAUGCCGCUGGCAGUUGUAUUACUAUUCUUGGGCAGAGCCAGUCUCAUUACUCCACUGAUAUACUACCAGUUCCUGGUACUGCGCUACUCGUCGCGUCGCAAUCCCUACACCAGAAAUGUAUUCCACGAGCUACGUCUCGUGGCGGAAAACUUCGCUAACGGUGCUCGCACCCCACCAGUUAUCCGUAAGGUGCUCCAGGGAAGCAUUGGCUUCGUUAGUCGGUUGGCGCCACCGAUGCAACAACAGCAGCAGCAGCAGUCACAGUAAUGUGACAAACGUUAAAGAGUCAAAAGCUAAUUAUUUAUAAGGAACAUGGGAGAAUUUUCAUUUCGCAAUAACAUUUACACCACAAGCACCACAUCUUCAUGCAGAUGGAAGGCAACUUCGCCCGGACAUCGCGAAAAAAAAGACAAAUCAACUAAUGAUAAAUUACCAUCAAUUGCAUCAAAAAAUCACAACUGGGAGUGUGUUAUUAUUUCAUACUAAAAUCUGGAAUAGGAUUUUGGACGGUAUUAAAGGUAAAUGUAACAAACCGGAGGCAGUUAGAAUGUAACGAACAGUGUCACAAGUUGUUGAAUAAGGAGCAAUAAUGCCGAUUCGUUUGAAGUUCGCGUAAACUCGGGGAACAGUUUUAUAAUAUCCCCGAGUCAUUCGCACGAGUGAAUUAAUCUGUUUUAAUACUGUACGUAUUAGUGAGACCAAUAAGACGAGAAACGUAGAGUAAUUGGUAAUAUAUGUUUCUAAAUAAGUUUAAA